UAUUUAUUUAUUAUUUAGAUUUUUAUACCGCCCUUCUCCCGAAGGACUCAGGGCGGUGUACAGCCAGAAUAAAACAGUACAAUAUACAAAUUAAGACAAAAGUUAAAAUAACAUAUUCAAUAAAUGGCCGAAAAUUUAAAACCGUCAAAUUUGACCCAUAAAAUUCAUAAAAGUACCCCAAUUAAAAUUAUUAAAAUUCAAAAAGUUUAAAAAUUAAGCCAGUCCCGCUUGGAUAAACAAGUGUGUUUUCAAUUCACGGCGAAAGGUCCGAAGGUCAGGUAAUUGAUGCAAACCAGGGGGAAGUUCGUUCCAGAGGGUAGGUGCUCCAACAGAGAAGGCCCUUCCCCUGGGGGCCGCCAGCCGACAUUGCUUGGCAGACGGCACCCUGAGGAGACCCUCUUUUUUUUUUGUUUUUUUUGUUUACAUUUAUACCCCGCCCUUCUCCGAAGACUCAGGGCGGCUUACAAUGUAUAGGGCAAUAGUCUCAUUCUAUUUGUAUAUAUUUACAAAGUCAACUUAUUGCCCCCCCAACAAUCUGGGUCCUCAUUUUACCUACCUUAUAAAGGAUGGAAGGCUGAGUCAACCUUGGGCCGGGCUCGAACCUGCAGUAAUUGCAGGCUUUGUGUUCUUAAUAACAGGCCUUACCAGGCAGAGCUAAACCGGCCCCUCUGUGUGAGCGUACGGGUCGGUGGGAGGCAUAAGGUAACAGCAGGCGGUCCCGUAAGUACCCGGGCCCUAAGCCAUGGAGCGCUUUAAAGGUGGUAACCAAUACCUUGAAGCGCACCCGAAAGACCACAGGAAGCCAGUGCAGACUGCGCAGGAGCGGUGUUACACGGGAGCAACGUGUGGCUCCCUCAAUCACCCGCGCAGCUGCAUUCUGAACUAACUGAAGCCUCCGAGUGCACUUCAGGGGUAGCCCCAUGUAGAGAGCAUUGCAAUAAUCCAGACAAGAAGUGACAAGAGCAUGAGUGACUGUGCAUAAGGCAUCCCAGUCAAGGAAGGGGCGCAACUGGCGAACCAGGCGGACCUGGUAAAAAGCUCUCCUGGAGACGGCCGCCAAAUGGUCUUCAAACGACAGCCGUUCCUCCAGGAGAACGCCCAAGUUGCGCACCCCUUCUGUUGGGGCCAAUGACUCGUCCCCAACAGUCAACUGCGGCUGCAGCUGACUGUACCGGGGUGCCGGCAUCCACAGCCACUCCAUCUUGGAAGGAUUAAGUUUGAGCCUGUUUCUCCCCAUCCAGACCCGUACGGUUUCCAGGCACCAGGAUAGCACUUCGACAGCUUCGUUGGGGUGGCCCAGGGUGGAAAAGUACAGCUGCGUAUCGUCAGCAUACAGCUGGUAACUCACCCCAAAGCCACUGAUGACCUUUGCCCAACGGCUUCAUAUAGAUGUUGAACAGGAGAGGAGAGAGAAUCGACCCCUGAGGCACCCCACAAGGCGCCUCGCGGUCGAUCUCUGCCCUCCUGUCAACACCAUCUGCGACCGGUCAGAGAGAUAGGAGGAGAACCACCGAUAAACGGUGCCUCCCACUCCCAGUGGACAACCAUUUAGAUAUGAGCCAGCAGUGUGCAGCAGCUGCCAACAAAAAAGCCAACACAGUUCUAGGCUGCAUAAACAGAAGGAUAGAAUCAAGAUCACGUGAAGUGUUAAUACCACUUUAUAAUGCCUUGGUAAGGCCACAUAUUCAUUCAGUUUUGGUCGCCACGAUGUAAAAAAGAUGUUGAGACUCUAGAAAGAGUGCAGAGAAGAGCAACAAAGAUGAUUAGGGGACUGGAGGCUAAAACAUAUGAAAAACGGUUGCAGGAACUGGGUAUGUCUAGUUUAAUAAAAAGAAGGACUAGGGGAGACAUGAUAGCAGUCUUCCAAUAUCUCAGGGGUUGCCACAAAGAAGAGGGAGUCAAACUAUUCUCCAAAGCACCUGAGGGUAGAACAAGAAGCAAUGGGUGGAAACUAAUCAAGGAGAGAAGCAACUUAGAACUAAGGAGAAAUUUCCUGACAGAACAAUCAAUAAGUGGAACGACUUGCCUGCAGAAGUUGUGAAUGCUCCAACACUGGAAAUUUUUAAGAAAAUGUUGGAUAACCAUCUGUCUGAGAUGGUGUAGGGUUUCCUCCCUGGGCAGGGGGUUGGACUAGAAGGCCUCCAAGGUCCCUUCCAACUCUGUUAUUAUGUUAUGUUAUGCCUUCCUAUCUUCUCUGCUUAUUCUUGUCUAUGGACCGACAACUUUGUUCUUCCAAACGAGGGGUUGUGUAACUGCAAACUUCAAUAUGGCUCAUUUGCUCAGUGUCUCUGGGAUUCUCCCGGCCAUAUCCUUCUUUCCUAUGUCCCCAUUUUGGUUUAACCAUUUAAGGUGGGAAUGGAAAAACAACACAAAUCUAGAGAACUUUCUCCCACCUAUUUCCAAAACAUUUUUCAAAGUAUUUUCCACGAGGCAAGGAUGUCCUUUGACUGCACAGUUGUUUAUAUUAAAGCUGGGAAUUCUAAAUAGCCAAUGUGACCAAAAAAAAAAAUGGUGUAAAAAUAAAAAAAAUAAAAUUUGUUAACUGAGAACUCUUUGUCAGAACUGCCAUCUCCACCUUCAGCAUCGCUCUGCUAGAUCCCAGCUUGCCAUAAACCAAUGUGGGAGGGAAUUGCUUAAAUUGCAGGAAAGAGGGGCGGGAAACAGAAACUAUUCAUCAUACCAUCCUGAGACAUCGGUUCAACGCCCCCAAGACCAGAGGCCUGGGAGGGAAAGCACAACAGCUCACCAUCUAGUCCAGGGGUCUCCAACCUUGGCAACUUGAAGCCUGGCAGACUUCAACUCCCAGAAUUCCCCAGCCAGCAAAGCUUUGGCUGAAGAGGUUGUAGAAAAAAUGCUUUUAAAAGUUUUUUUUUAAAAAAAGUUGGCCACGCCCACCCAGUCACAUUACCCCCCCAAGCCACGCCCACAGAACUGGUAGUAACAAAUUUUACAUUUCACCCCUGAGGAGAACCUAUACUAUUUCAGAUAAGUAGCUGUCCAGUCUCUUCUUAAGAACUUCCAGUGAUGGAGGACCUGCAAUUUCUGGAGACAACUUCUGUUCCACUGAUCAAUUGUCCUCACUGUCAGGAAAUUCCUCCUUAGUUCUAGGUUGCUUCUCUCCUUGAUUAGUUUCCAUCAGUUGCUUCUUCUCCUGCCUUCUGGUCCUCUGGAGAAUAGGCUGACUGUACUGAAGAUUAUCUACUCUGCCUUCAAGAGUCUUUGGAAGUGCUAGAGAAUGCAGAGGACCACAAAAAAAUCAUCUAACCACAUCUCCAUGAUACAGAAGAACUGAAGUGGCAAAGAAAUAACGGUGGAGAUGUCUACCUCUAUGGUUCCAUUGCAGAUCUAAAGUUCUCUCCUACAAGGCUUUACCUAUCUGGGACCCUCCAAAGUUGGUGUUGAAUACCAAUAAUGCCCAGCCACGCAGACUGAGACGUUAUGGGAACUAAACUCCAAUACAUGUAGAAGAUGCUAACCUAAGAAAAUUGAUGUUCUGGGUUUAGGAAAAACAGAAGAUACUCAGUUCUCUCUUGAGAGUCUUUCCUUCUGGGAAUGGAGGUUGUCCUAAGCUUUGGCUCCCACUCUUUGCCCUUCACUCCAACCUUCGCAGGGAGGAAUCCCUCAUGUGCAACUACUUCACAUUUCUCCUUGUGGUGCAUGUUGAUCUCGAGGGACAUUCAGAUGCUGUACAAAUCAUCUCUCUUCUUCAACCAGAUGACACAGGAUUGGGGCAUCUGAUACCACAAAGAGGCUCAGAGGAGGAAGGAGAGACCUCCUCAAGUCAGAAGAGGAGACCAGGGAGAGCGUGCAAAUCCCUCCCUCUCUUUGUCUCCCACUCCCCUUCUCGGUAGCACCAGUGGACCCCAUAGACAGUCACUGGGAAAGAUUCAGCAGCAGAAGGAGGAAGAGCAGCAGGACAUGCCAGCUUCAUUCUGGAGGCUGUUACAAGGUGAGGAAGCCACAAAGAAAGGACCUAGCAAAGGACCUCAGACCUGGGUCCUUCUGCAGCAGGGUACCUUGGUGAGUGGGAUGCUGAAGGAGAGAUUUAUCGUGCACCCUUUUUAAAUCAAUCUUUUUGUCACUCUCUAAGGUUCAUAAAUGGCAUCUGAUUCAGAUUUUUCAAUAAAGUCUCGUUCUUUUCUGAUGUCAGAGAGAGGGGGAAAAAAUCUAAAAUAAAGUAUUGGUGGUGAGGAGGCAGCCAAGGACCUGGACCUUCUCCCUGGAGACCUCCUGACCAUAAAGAUGAGAAUGAUGAAUAUUCACUUCUUGGUGUCAAGUCAAAUAUUUUGGGAUGGGACUCUUCGGGUCAUUUAUUGAGUACCAAACUCCCCAUGCCUCUUAAACUCUCUUUACACACACACACCAGUGAAAACCCCUUUCUACAUGGGUUUGAGAAAGAAGUUGCAUGUGAAGGAAAGGAAUUUGGGAAGAGCCUAGCAGUGGAGGGGAAGCAACGGAGUUUUGGGGGGUGAGGAGAGGAAGAGAAAUUCCAGAGGAGGGUUUGCUGGCCAGGAGAAGAAGCUCAGACUGGUCCUGGAUUUCUCCUGAGGACCAACAUGGGUGAUCAUUGAUCAAAGCAAGAAAUGAGCAUCUCACUGGUCCAUCUAAAGGAGGGUUGGGGUCACCUGGAUGAGUUUGAAGUGUGGUUGCAGGGAGAGACAGAAGAAAUUCCAGGAGGACCACCUCUUGAUGGUUGCUACUUCACACAACCCACUUACCAAGAGAGGGGGAGACUUGUUGGGAUGUCAAUUCACAUUUAACGUAUGUGUCAAAAUGCUUUUGGGGAGAGUUAACUGGAGGGACAUGGCUGUCAUGAACUGCCCCCCACUCACUGAAAGGACCAUGAACAUCCCCGGGAGCAUCUCCCUCCCCCUCCAUGAAGGCUAACCAUGCAAAGCAACGUUCGGUCACUCCAGAGGGUCUUGGAGAAACUUGUGAAGGUUCUUCUCAAGGCUGUGAUUUUAAAUCUUCCCCCAAAAACUAACAAAUUCUUAGAGGAAAGGAUGUGUGGGAGCCAAAGAGAAACACAGAAAGAACGUGGGUAACUUGGGGCAAUCGUGAAGUCCUCAUUUCUCAGAAAACUUCCCAUUCUCAGUCAGCUCUAUCAAUCCUUCUAUGGAAAUGUAACAGAUAUUUUUAUUUGUUACUAGGACAAUAUUUUUUUUCUUGAUGAUAGUAACAGCAGAAGAGUAUAGAAUGAACUUGAGGUUUGAUUAUUGUCACUGUCUAAAUUCACAUCACCUAUUCUUUAUGCAUCUGUAUGACUGUAUCACUUUUUCCUCCUUUCCCAAAAUGUAUAAAAAGGAAUGGAAUCCCUCCCUCCUACUAUAGUCUGGAGAGAAUGCCUCCGGUCCACACGGUUACGCAAAUACUGCAGUGAGGCUGGGUUAUGGGUUUUGGGGUCCUGAGUUUGAUUCCAGACUAUCCCACCCAGUUGCUUGUCCUUGGUCUCCCAUGAGACUCCACCAGCAAUGAAACCACCCAGAGAUGGGUGACACUCUUGACGCUCAACAGUUGGAGAUGCUGCUUUCUUCUGAGUAACCAGAAAGAGCAAUUUCACUCUCUCACCUCCAAACUCCAGAGGCCGUGAAGAGAGGACCCCAAGUAAGUGAAUGGAUCCCUCUGCAGUUGCUUUGGAAAAAGGAAUUGUGCUGCUAUUCCCCUGAUCUCAACCUUUGAACCAGGAAAUAGUCAAUUUCAUAGUCAGCCUAAAUAUCAGUCAAAGAGUCAAUUUUCAGGCAAAUUUCCUGCUCCUAUUGAAGUCAAUGGAUCAGGAAAUCCAUUUCUGCUUUUUUUCCCCAAAGCAGAACCAGCUCAGCUUGUCUCUUUUAAGAGGAAUUAAUGACUGCAGUCUUUUUUAAUUUAAUUAAUGGGAAGGUGAUAGCGAAUGAUGAUGUUUUUAUUGUGUGUCACAGUUAUUACAAGGAAUGUGCACAUUUCCAUUGCUCCCUCCUAAAUUCUGCUGUUUUCCCAUCUGUUCCUUGCAGCUAACUUUGAUGGACCUCAUGGAAGGUGUCAAUCAGACCCUGCAGGUGACUGAGUUCUUGUUCCUGGGUUUCUCUGGCAUGCCCAGAGGUCAACCUUUCUUCUUUCUGCUCUUUCUGGCCAUCUACCUCAUCACCUUGAUGGCCAACUCAAUGAUAUUCAUUUUGAUCCAGCUGGAUUCACGCCUCCACAGUCCCAUGUACUAUUUCCUCAGCCAUUUGUCCUGCUUAGACAUUUGCUAUUCCUCGGUCACCCUCCCCACCAUCCUGGUGAACCUCCUGCGCCAACAGCCCACCAUCUCCUACAACGAGUGCAUGGCCCAGAUGUUCUUUCUGAUGACCUUUGCAGGAACUGAGUGCGCCCUGCUGGCUGUGAUGGGCUAUGACCGCUAUGCGGCCAUCUGCAAACCUUUGCACUAUUCUCAACUGAUGAGUAAGUGGGUGCGAGUCCCUCUGGCUACGGCUUCGUGGAUCUGGGGCAUGGUUAACUCUACCAUUCACAUUGCCCUGGCCACUGAUUUGGCCUUCUGUGGAAACAACCAGAUCCAUCACAUCUUCUGUGACGUUCCCCCACUCUUGAAAAUUGCUUGCAGUGACACCUAUGUCAAUGAAGUAGCUCUUCAUAUAACAACAGUCUUUGUAGGAGUCUCUCCUUUCCUCCUUGUUGUCAUUUCCUAUGUCUACAUCUUAUCUACAAUUCUGAGGAUCCGUUCUAGCACUGGAAGGAGAAAGACCUUCUCCACCUGUGCUGCCCACUUGAUUACGAUCCUCAUCUACUUUGGGAUGGCCAUCUUGAAUUACAACCGUCCCAAUGCGGGCUACUCCUUGGGAGUGGAUACUCUGGUCUCCAUCCUAUAUUGUGUCGUCACCCCCAUGCUGAACCCCCUAAUCUACAGCCUCAGAAACAAGGAGGUCAAAGGGGCCCUACAAAAACUUCUGAAUGGUUAGGACAGUGUUUUUACCAAACUUGGCAGUUUGAAGAUAUGUGGACUUCUAUUCCCAGAAUUCUCCAGCCAGCAUGACAACCUCUGAACCAGAAGCUCCUUAACCUUGGCAACUUGAAGAUAUGUGGACUUUCACUCCCAGAAUUCCCCACCCAUCCCAGAUAGUUCUACUUAUUUCUUUUUAGUGGGACUUUAUUAAGGUUCAGCAUCUCCAGUUUGUCUUGUUGUGUUCAAUAUGGAGCGCCAAGACCUCUUCCUUCAGAAAGAUCUCAGGGAAGUUUCAGUUCAAUCAGAACCCUACACAAUUGAAGCAUCAACAUGGGUUUCAUUUCCAUUGUGCAACACCAUGAGAUGCCCAGAGUCACUUUAGAAUAUGGGCGACUAUAGAAUAUGAAUGAAUGAAUGAAUGAAUGAAUGAAUGAAUGAAUGAAUGAAUGAAUGAACGCUGUGGGAAGACUGUUCCACUUGCAACCUCCAAGGUUAUAAAAUUUAAGAACCUCCAAUGUGUGAGAAGCCCCUACCCCUCCUAGAAGAAUGAAAUAUUUGGGGGGGGUAUUAAAAAGGCAGAAUAUUGUAUUUCCCUAAAGGACAAAUGGAGAAAGAUGCUCUUAAAGACAGAAAGCAGACUCCAGUCUUUCUUAAUAGCCCCCAGCAGAUAUUUUGUGCCCAUUAAGAAAGAUUGGGCCAGCCUAUUCACAAAACUUUCACCUCCAGUGAUGGGAUUAAAAAUUUACAUUCUCCUCCACCCAAAUGGGCCUCUGGUGGCUCAACAGACUAAGUCUGUCUGUUAUUAACAGCAGCUGCUUGCAAUUACUGCAAGUUCAAGUCUCACCAGGCCCAAGGUUGACUCAGCCUUCCAUCCUUUAUAAGGUAGGUAAAAUGAGGACCCA